GGCCUUCCAGAGUAUUCCGUACUCUCUCCUCUCCUGCCUGGGUAUAAGAUCCCCUCAUCACCCCUCACCUACAUUGUAUUCUUCUUUUCUUCCAUCAGUAUACAACCCUUUUCUCACUUCCCUCAUUUUUAUCUAUACACACAAUGGCUUGGGGCUGGAACGAAUCCGAGAAGGCGCACCAGGAGGUGUACAACGGUGAGCAGCAUCACGAGGGCAAGUUCUCUCAUGAGUUCGUUGCCGGUGCCGCCUCCUUUGCCGGCAUGAAGGCCUACGAGGACAACCAGCGCAGAGAUGGCAAGGAAGUCAGCCACGCCUUCGCCAAGGAGCUCCUCGCCGGCAUCGUCGGCGGCGAGGUCGACAAGCUCGUCGAGAGCAAGGGUAUGGACUGGGUUGACCGUGAGAAGGCCCAGCACCACGCCAAGAAGAACGCCGAGCACAUGUACGAGGAGCGUUACGAGCGUGGCAACUACUAAGCCACUCGUAUCGACGAUGGCAAUGGAUGAAUGAUGAAAAACUUGUUUUAUGAACACCCUGUGGUUGAAUGUAGUAAGAAAGAGAUAUGAUCUAUCAAACAAUUUGGACAUCUCAA